AUGCGUUACGUGACCGGCAAAAAUUUCUUGAGAAGCCCGUUAUUACCGCGGCAAGUCUAUUUCCGAAGUGUAGGGAACGAUCGAUGUUUGAUGACGGGACUUAGCGUCGGUUCUGUGAUGUUCUCAUCAGGAAUAAAACCUGCUUUGAGUGCUGUUCCAAUUUAUACUCAAGAAAGUCGUGAAAAAGAUACUCUGUUGAGAAGUCCAAGAAAUUGCCCCUACGAAGUGGGCAGACUAAGAAAUAGAUGCAAUAAAGAACCCGAUCCAUAUCUUGAAUGGCCAAAAUACGAGGCGUUUGUGUUUGAAUGUCUGGGAAUCAAGAGCGAUUUGUUUAAGGAACCUGGAUCAUUUGAAAAGGCGGAAUCCAUGUAUAUCGAGGUGGGCGGAAAGGUACCACAGAUGUCUUAUGGAAACGUUUACGAUGUAUGUAUGUGUUGUGUGUUGUGCUGCAUGUGUGUAUCUUGCACAAAAAUGCUAUCUUGGGGUAGGGGAAGAGGCUGAAG